UAUCUCUUUAACGGGACGGUCGGGCGGUGACGUUGGGACGGGGGGGCUCAGAGCUCCGAGAGCGAGCGGAUUGCAGCUGGACCGAGCGGAACCAGAGCGACACCUGGCCUGCAGACAGCCACCGGUGAACCUGACUGUGGACUGCUGGGCUUCUCACACCACCAUGAGGGAUUACUCGGCCACUCCGAGCAACGGAGGGGGCUGCAUGCCGUGCUGCCAAGUUUGCGUCUUCGCCUUUACCGCAUUUCUGGUCGUUGCGGAGAGGACGGCGGUGAUCUACUGCUUCGUGUAUUACCUUUGGGUGGGCCACAACUACUGCUAUGCUCAUCUCUCUGGCUUCACAGCCCUCUUCCUGCUCCCAGGUUGGGGUCCACAGUGGCUCAGCUAUCUGUGGUAUCGCUCAGAUGGAAAAAUCCCCCGGAAAUCUCUCAGAUGGACGCACAUAUUACACCUGGGCAUCUUCAAAAGGCUGUGGGAGUGUAUGCGUCUGCCAGAUGAAGAUGUGUACGGAGAAAUCAUGCAGCAGGCUGAUGUAUCUGCAUUACGCCUGUUUGAGGCCUUGGUGGUCACCCUCCCUGAGACGCUGCUCCAGACCUACGUGCUCAUCUGUACUGAUAUAGGCGUCAGGUCUCCUGCCUCGGUGUGCUUUGCUGUGUGUUUGCUGUCUCUGGCCUGGGCGCUGGUUCUCUACGCCAGAUCUUGCUCGCUCAUCAGGCCGGGACACUUGCAGAUGACUCCGGCUGCCAUUCUCUGUCGACUCCUAUGGAGGGUCGGUAUGUUGGGAUCCAGGUUCGCUGUGCUCAUGCUCUUCACACGUAUCUUCAAGCAGUGGGUCCUGGGAGUCAUUGGUGUGCACUGGCUGGGUGCAACUUUCUGGAUGGUGUCUCAGCAGACCGACAUCAUACGUUCGACUGGUCGAUGGAGACUUUUCAACCUCAUUCUGGGAGCUAUUCACGUCUUUCUCUUCCUCAACGUGAAGUACGGUCCUUCCAGAUACCGCAUGGCUGCAUUUUACCUGGUCAUAUUCCUAGAAGAUGCUCUUCUUCUUCUGGCCUCCUCCUGGUUGUUUGCUAUGGUGUCCUGGGACACUGUGGGGAUCCCAGCUGCCGUGUUUUGCAGCUUCCUCAUUGGAGUGAUAGCGUUGGUACUGUACUACCGUUUCCUCCAUCCCAAGUCUUUUGAGAUCUUCCAGAGCAUUCGUCACAGGGGGAUUGGGGGAGCCUUCAUGCAGCGUGGAUCUACACUCUCACUGGAGGAGAAAGUUGAGACCAAUUUCCAUCACAAUACAACGUUGUCUGGAGGUGGGACCCUCAUGGACCUCCCCAUCCAAUGGGAAGGCUGGAAGCAUCACCACUGGCUGCUGAUUCGUUUAGCUCUUAAGACGGGGGACGUUCCACGGAUCUGGUCAGCGUACGGAGAAGGCGGACUGGCCGGACUCAUGGGUCUCUCAGAAGAGGUUCACUCACCUGAUGUGCAUCAUGUGCCUCGGGUUCCACCUCAUCAACCACGAGCUCUUCAAAUCUCGCACCCAGCUCCUCAACCUACCCCACCAGCACCUCCACCACAGGUCACCCAGACUCCACAGGUGAGUCAGGUCUCCCAGCCACCUAAACCGGCUCACAGCAGUGUUGUUGCCCGACCGGUGAGAAAAGCUCCUCCCACAACCAUCCAGGAUGUGAGAAGGUUUCCAGAGAUCGUCCCAUUCCAGGAGGUUAUUCCUGAGGAAACCGCGGAGGAGGAAUCUGCGCCGUCAGAUGAUAAAGGUGACGAGGAGUUCCAGAGCGCGGCUUACGGCUCACCGUCGCUUUCAUCUCCUCAACACCCUGGAAGCCUCCGUCACAUCGACAGCAACGCCGCAUCUCUGACGGAGGCGUCGUCCUCUGUGGGUUCGCUGGACAUCAAGACACCUGGCUGGUCGCCCGAGCGUCGCUCUCCUCUCCUGUUGGCUUCCCCGGAGAACAAAGCGGGGACCUCUGCAGAAUCCAACACGACGUUAUAUUUCAGUGCUGAUGCGCCUUCGCCGUCCAGUGGGAGCUAUCUGGGCUGGGGCUCAGAGCUCUCGCCCAUCUCCGUCUACAGAAGGCCCUACCGGAUCAGAGAAGCCCGCUUUGUCACAUCCACCCUGCGACUGGAAGCUCCAGGUGGAGCUGAAAGCCCUGGCCCUGCUCCGGUUGUGGUAAUUCCAGCUACUCCUGGCACAACACCAGGCACUACUCCCGGUGGGACCCCCGGGUCCACCACGCCUGCAGCUUCCACUCCUGCAGCAUCGACGCCUGGUACUCCACUCACUCCAGUCAUCUCCCAUGCUCGCAAGCAGAUGGUUCAGUUUGUGGACUAUAGAGAGAAUUUAGUGUAAAGUAAAGUAGAAGUAUAGAAAGGCAUUCUUGUAUGAACUAACUUGUUGAAGAGUUAGAAAGUAUUUUUUAAGUUCCCAUGAGGUCCAUUUACUAAUUAUUUAUUCUAUUCACCCUUUUGUGCAGACAGAUAAUUUUGCACAAAAUAGAAAUGAUUGCUCUUGAAACAUCUGGACAGUAAACUGGUUUUCCAACAAAUAGACAUGAAUUGAAAAGUCUGAGGAAUCUUGUUUAAAACUUAUUUUAUAUGUACAGUAAAUGGGAUGGAAUGGGAUGGAAUGAAUCAGAAUAUCAUCAAAAAGUUCUUUUAUUUCAAAGUCAAAAAGUGAAGCUCAUAUAUCAUACAAUUUAAUUACACACACAAGGGGACAAAAAUGUAGUUCUGUUGAUCUUGAAGAUAUGGCGGCUUAGAGUAAAAGAAAACCAAAACAUAAAAUUUGAAUAUUAGAUGAGACUAAAUUAAGUAUUUGAUAUUAAAAAUAAGGAUUUUUUAAUAUAAAAGUAUCAGCCUUCUGAAAACGACAUUCUGUACAGUAUAUGGAAUUGGUUGGGGCUUUCUUCUAACACAUUUUUUCCUUCCAUGCAACUUUUCAUCCAUAUUCUUGGACCUUUUGACCUCCUGGAGCAGGGUGUUAAUGACUGGAAAAUAUUUUCUCCACAGUUGUGUAGACCUUACAAUAACAUUUCUAUGUUCAGAGGGUUUUUUUCAUAUUCUUAUUCAGGGGUCGCCACAGCAAGUCAUUACAACAGACUUGGGAGAAUAUUUACGGCAGAUCCCCUUCCCCGAGAUUCAAACCCAGGUGUCCCGAAAUAAAGCCGUAGACUGGAUGGUUGCUGUUUACAGACAUGGCUGUCACGUGUGAAAACACAGAGGUUGUACUUUAAAAAAAAGGAUCUGUCCGCAUUUUAUUUCCACUCUCAGGCUGACUAAAACAGGUAACCAAACCGUGCAUGUUUACCACAUACACUU